UGGCAGCCAUUAUUUGUACUCACCCUGUGGAAUACAAACACAGAAUGAUACAAACUUCAUUAAACAGAGACUUGACAAAACAAAAUUUUACAGGGACAGACAGACAGACAGAAACAAGAAGAGAGAAUAUAGAGACUCCCAAGCAAACAAACAAAAAAAAGGGGAACGUUUCUUUUUCCCAUUUAAUUCCCUAGAAAUUUUGCUUCAAAAGGAGAACUUCAUCAAAAGGUUUUCAUUUCAAUCUUUCCGUUGAUUUCGGUAGCCUCACUGUUUUGUUUGCCAGCCACAUUAAAAACCCUUCUUUCUCUAUCCAUUAUCUUCCCCGCAAUUGGCGCUUCCCACAAAAAUAUAUACACAUACGUAUAUAAAUAUAAUUUUUGAAAGUGAAAGAAGAAAUUCUCCUAUCUUUGGAUGUUCAUUGUAUAAAAGGCUUCGUUUUCUGCUCUCUUUUGUUGCUUUCUUUCUAAGAAGAAAGGAUAGAGACGCAGAGACAGAGAGAAGCUGAAACUCCGUUUACAACUCACUCCCCCGUUGUGUUUGUUAAUUCUUGUUUUUUCCGGGUCCGCGCCAUAAAAAGAAAUCCCAGAAAGAAAGUUGGGAUCUUUUUGUUUUGUUCAUCACAUGAUCAACGGCCAUUGAUGGGUUGCGUGAGUUCGAAGCAGGCGGUGUCGGUGACGCCUGCUUUCGACCACUCCGGCGCCUUACGUGAAAAUGCGGGUGCCGGUAGCGUGGGGACCAAUUCGGGUCGGUCGCGGGUCGGGUUCUCGGAGCUUGAGAAGAAGAGGAGCAGCGGCGGCGGCGGUAGCAAGAAGAAGAAAAAGAAUAGUACUAGUGGCGGUGUGAGUGAUUUGGGUAGUGGGUGCGGUGGGUUGGGACUGAGUGGGAGCGAGUUGGGUGAGUCGGGUCGGGCGAGUUCGAGAUCCGACUCGUUGAGUUUGAGGUUGGGGAAUUUACAAAAGUAUAUAGAAGGCGAACACGUGGCAGCUGGGUGGCCUGCUUGGCUCAGUGCCGUCGCCGGUGAAGCUAUCCACGGUUGGGUCCCACUCAAGGCUGACUCUUUUGAGAAGCUUGAGAAGAUUGGACAAGGUACAUAUAGCACCGUUUUCCGAGCUCGAGACCUUGAGACUGGAAAGAUAGUUGCUCUGAAGAAGGUUCGGUUUGACAAUUUUGAGCCUGAGAGUGUUCGCUUCAUGGCAAGAGAGAUACUAAUUCUUCGAAGGCUUGACCAUCCAAACAUCAUAAAAUUGGAGGGGAUAAUUACUUCCAGAAUGUCAUGUAGCAUAUACCUUGUAUUUGAGUACAUGGAACAUGAUAUCACUGGACUUCUGUCUUGUCCUGACAUCAAGUUCAGCGAGUCACAGAUUAAAUGCUACGUGAAGCAGUUGUUAUCUGGACUUGAUCACUGCCAUUCACGAGGUAUAAUGCAUCGGGACAUUAAAGGAUCAAAUCUCCUUGUAAAUAAUGAAGGAAUCCUAAAAAUGGCCGAUUUUGGUUUGGCAAACUUCUGUGCUUCUGGGCAUAGGCAACCCUUAACAAGUCGUGUUGUUACCUUAUGGUACCGUCCUCCAGAACUUUUGUUGGGUUCUACAGAUUAUACAGCAGCUGUGGACCUUUGGAGUGUUGGCUGUGUAUUUGCUGAACUUCUCCUUGGGAAACCUAUCCUACAAGGGAGAACAGAGGUGGAACAACUGCAUAAAAUUUUCAAGCUUUGUGGGUCCCCACCCGACGAUUACUGGAAAAAAUCAAGACUUCCUCAUGCAACUCUAUUCAAACCACAACAACCUUAUGAUAGUUGUCUUCGGGAGACUUUUAAAGAUUUACCAGCAACUGCUGUGAACUUAAUAGAAACUUUGCUUUCAGUGGAGCCAUACAAGCGUGGGACUGCUUCCAGUGCUCUUGCAUCAGAGUAUUUCACAACAAAGCCAUAUGCAUGUGAUCCAUCAAGCUUGCCAGUAUAUCCACCUAGCAAAGAGAUUGAUGCAAAACAUCGUGAAGAGGCAAAGAGGAAAAAGAUAAGCGGAAGAGUUCGCGGUUCUGAAACAAGAAAGCCAAUUAGAAAACCCCAUGGAAUAAGUAAAUUGGCACCAGUUGAGGAUGCUGCUGCAGCUCAAACUCGAGGUUCUCAGAAAAUUAAUGGUAACCAUGUCCAUAACUCAAAGCAAAGAAAUGCUACUAUCAGCGACGGAGUGCCAAAUCCAUCUACUGAUGGAUUAGAAGAGGCUGCCCAUGUAAAGCAUGCAUCCCAAGGUGAUAUUCCUUAUUCUGGUCCAUUGCAAGUGUCCACAUCAAGUGGCUUUGCAUGGGCCAAAAGGCAAAAGGAUGAUGCAUCCAUAAGAUCACACAGCAGAUCUAUCUCAAGAGGUCACAUCUAUAAUUCUUUAGAACCUUCUGCUCAAUUAAAUGCAAGAAACAAUUUUGAUUCAAAACGACAUGAAAAUGGGGAUGUAAUAUAUGGAGGUCGCACCGAUUCUAGAGGCCAUGAUUCAUAUGAAGCUGCCAAGCGUGCUAUGCAGAAACAAUGGAGCCAGUUUGAGCGCCCAGAUUCGUUUGAUGCUUCUGAUGGUGGAUACCACUCGCAAGAGCUAUCAUUGGCACUUUAUCAAAGAGAGGAAAUGGCAGCCAAGAGAAAUAAUUUGGAUUACCAAGAUGAAGGGGACAAGGUUGAAUUUUCGGGCCCUUUGUUGUCUCAAUCACAUAGAGUUGAUGAACUCUUAGAACGACAUGAGCGACAGAUCCGCCAAGCAAUUCGAAAGUCAUGGUUCCAAAGAGGUAAAAAACAUGGGAAGUAAUCUUCAGAUAUUCUUAUGUCUAAGGCUCAGUUAAGAAGAAGCUUCUGGCCAGAGGCAGCCAUUCAGGAUCCUAGGCCCCAAGGCAAAAGUGAUAAGUUGGCUGCCAUGCCCAUCAAAAUAACGACAUCAAGUUGAAGCUUCUGCACAAAAGCAGUGAAGAACAAAACUGAGAAACUACAAUAUAAUGGUACGGCUGCAUGUUACUAUUCAUAGAGCUCUAAGGAAGGAGGAAAGGAAGAGGGCCCUGGGUGGCUGCUCAGUCUCUUUCUGCAAAGAGCCAUGAUUGUUUUUUUCCCUUUCAAUUGAAGUUUUCAUCUCACUUCCUUUUUGGUUCCAUACUUUCCCCUCAUCAAGUCUGACCCCACUAUGUAUAGGUUAUUAGCAAUUGAUUGUGAGAGUAGUCUUGUAUAUGAUCACGGUUCAUAAGGCUUAUCAAUAUCUGGAUUCUUCUUUCUCAUAUCUGAAGUUCGGUGUUGCUUUGGUA